CAAUCUUUUCUUUUCUGCUUCCUGUCGUGAUCUCACAGAAGAUAGAGCAAACAAAGCAAAAUCCUUUUAACUUCAAAACCCAAAACAUUGAUUUUUACUCUCUGUUAUAAUACCUUUCUAUGUAAAUAACCUUGCCUUUCAUGGCACUCCAGGGAUCUAGCUUUUGCUACAAUGUGAAUGUUAAUUGCGUGCCAUGUUCAAGCACGAAUAGUUUCAGGAGUCUUCAUUGCUUUUCUCCACCACCUCCAAAGCGAUGUCAUGUGGUUUUAGCUAGGACUUCAACAGGAAACAGAACAGAGUUUUUUGCGGGUCCAUGUCUGUCCAAGUUGCCAAGUGGCAGACCUCCACCUUUUAGAGAAAAUUCGUGUAUGUUAUCGUUGAUCCCUUGUCAAGCAAAAAGUGAUGACCUCGAGGGAACCCUUAGCGGUGAAAGCAUCAUAUUGGAUGAACAAACCUUACAAAGGGACCUGCAGAAUGCCAUUGAGGAAGAAAACUAUGCCCAAGCAGCAAGAAUCAGGGAUGACCUUCGAGUCCUCCAUGAGAAUAGCAAGGCUUCAGUACUGGCAGCAAAUUCUCGGUUUUACGAUGCUUUCAGGAGAGGGGAUCUAGCCGCCAUGCAGAACCUUUGGGCAAAAGGAGAUGAUGUGUGUUGUGUGCACCCAGGGGCAAACGGAAUAUCAGGUUAUGAUUUCGUAAUGGAAAGCUGGGAAGUGGUAUGGAUGAACUACGAAUUUCCACUAGAUAUAGAGCUGAAAAACGUUCAAGUUCAUGUUAAAGGGGAUGCUGGAUAUGUCACAUGCAUGGAAUUCAUCAAGACGAAAGGUAGCAGUUGGGGAGGACAGUUUGUAACAAACGUGUUCGAGAGGAUUAACGGUCAAUGGUGUAUAUGCAUUCACCAUGCUUCUCUGGUCGACUUGUGAAAUCAUCUGCGCUUCUUCAUCGGUAUGUUCUGCACUUUUGAGUCAAUUUAUCAAUGUAUAUUCAUUUUGGUCUGUAGAACUGAUUGUUUGAACUCCUGAAAUUCGGGUGGAUGUUAGCAUAAAUCGAGUUAUUUCUCGAAGUAUGUUCUAAAUGGUUUAAACUUCCAUCAACCUUCCCCCUGUUUCUUUCCUGCUAAAGUGCACAUUGUUCAGUUAAUGUAGUCAGCUUGCUUCAUGAUAAUAACAAGGUUGUCUCCCUGCUCCAAAAAGGAUAUGCAUUCUCGAA